UCCCCGUACAGCAAUACACCAAUUGGUGGUCUGCCAUAUAACUUUCAAGAACAAGGAAGCUUUCUAAACAAGCGACGAUAAGCCUGCUGUUAAUCGACAAAUUGGCCCGAUAUGACUGCUAUCAGACCAUUCGAGAUGGAGCGUCCAAGACACCGUCCGUUUCUGAUUGGUGUUAGCGGAGGAACUGCCAGUGGCAAGUCUACCGUAUGUGCCAAAAUCAUGGAGUUACUGGGCCAGAACAAGGUGGACCAUCAUCAGAGGAAAGUUGCUAUCGUCAGCCAAGACAGUUUCUACAGAGUCUUGACACUUGACCAGAAGGCCAAGGCACUCAAGGGCCAGUACAACUUUGACCACCCAGACGCUUUUGACAACGAGUUGAUGUACCAAACCCUGAAGGAUAUUGUGGAGGGGAGUGUGGUGGAGGUGCCGACAUAUGACUUUGUCACGCAUUCCAGGUGA